CUGACGACGCUAGCCAGGACAUGAUGGACUUGGAGGAUUUAGCAGGUACCGAAGCUGAAGCCAUACCGAAGCCAGCCAAAAGAAGGGCCUUCACAAUCACAGAUGACGACGAUUAGAUGGACGUCGCUACUGCGGGGUGGUCAGUUGCAAAUGGUAACAGGAGGACAGUUGAUGAGCGGCGAGAAGAAAUCUCGACUUACGUCUUGCUUCUCAAGAAAUGCGCCGACUCGAAGGCCCUGCUGGAGGGCAAGCGGGUCCAUUCUUGCCUUGUCAAGGAUGGAUAUGCCAGUGACAGACUCAUCGCGAAUCUGCUUAUCGAGAUGUAUGGCAAGUGUGGGGGCAUUGCAGAGGCGAGGUCAGUGUUCGACCAGAUUCAGGAAAAGAACGCGUUUUCCUGGAACAUCAUGAUGACGGUCUUCAUCCGCAACGGUCGUCUGGAAGAGGCAGAAGAAAUCUUUGGUCGGAACCCGGAUCGGAACACAGUGUCCUGGAACACGAUGAUCACAGCAUAUUGCCAGUAUGGUUAUCAACACAAAGCGAGGCUUCUCUUCGAUGAAAUGCCGGCAAGGGACGUUGCUUCAUGGAACACCAUCAUCACGGGCUCGCCAGGAAACGAAGUUAUCAGGUUGGUUUGCAUGAUGGAUCAAGAAGGCGUCUCUCCAAACCGGAUCACUUUCGUCUGCAUCUUAAACUCCUGCUCGAACAUCCGGAACUUGGUUCUUGGAAAGACGUAUCAUGCCAGGGCAGUUUUCCACGGCUUGCAUCUAGAUGUGGACGUCGGCAACGCCAUCAUCAACCUCUAUGGCAAGUGUGGCUGCUUGGGCAAGGCGAAGCAGGCAUUCGAUACGAUGACCAGGAGGGACGUGAUUUCCUGGACAUCUUUGGUCACGGCCUACACUCAAAACGGUCGCCUGGUGGAAGCAAGACAACUCUUUGACGACAUGCCUCAGCGCAACACUGCAACGUGGAACAUGAUGGUGGUGGCAUACGCUCAGGAUGGAAACAUGAACGAAGCUCGGGUACUUUUCGACAGAAUGGAGAACAGGGACGUGAUCUCCUGGAACGGCAUCAUUGGAGCUUACACGCAAAACGGUCUAGGCAAGGAAGCUCUCCACCUCUUCAAGACCAUGGACUUAGAGGGUGUGAUAGCGAACCAAGUCACUCUGAUCAACGCAAUCGACGCCUGUGCCAGUCUUCCAUCCGAAGAAGAAGGCCGGAUCGUCCAUGCUAUAGCUGUGGACAAGAGGCUCGAGUCCGAUAUCAUGGUGGGGACGUCGCUCGUCAACAUGUUUGGGAAGUGUAAAAACGUGGACGCUGCCAGGGCCGUGUUCGACAGUCUACCUCGGAAGAACUUGGUGACUUGGAACAACAUGGUUGCAGUCUACUCUCAAAACUGGCAGUGCAAGAAGGCCAUCCAGGUGUUUAGAUCCAUGGACUUGGAGGGGGUUCAGCCAGACGCAGUGACGUUCCUCACCAUCAUCGACGCUUGCGCGGCUCUAGCAGCACACACGGAAGGCCGGAUGGUCCACGACGACAUUACCGCAAGCGGGAUUCCCAUGGACGUGGCUCUCGGCACGGCGGUCAUGCACUUCUAUGGCAAAUGCGGGCGACUGGAUAACGCAAGAGCCAUCUUCGACAGCCUGGGAAAGAAAAACACCGUGACUUGGUCCGCCAUACUCGCUGCUUACGCACAGAACGGCUACGAGACGGAGGCUAUCGAGCUCUACCACGAGAUGGUUCAAGGCGCCCUGGAAGUGAACGGCAUCACCUUUCUCGGCCUCCUCUUCGCAUGCAGCCACGCCGGUCGCUCCAUGGACGGGGUGGACUACUUCGUCUCGAUGAUACGCGACUUUGGAGUGGUGCCGGUAUUUGAGCACUACCUCAACUUGAUCGAUCUCCUGGGAAGGUCCGGCCAGUUGCAGCUCAGCGAAGAUCUCAUCAACAGCAUGCCAUACGAGCCCGACUCCUCGGCAUGGCUAGCUCUCCUAGGCGCAUGUAGGAUGCACGGAGACGUCGAUCGAGGGGCUCGCAUCGCGGAGCUUAUCUACGAGCUGGAUCCAGAGGACUCGGGGCCUUACAUACUGCUCUCAAACCUCUACUCCUCGACCGGGAGGAUGGACGAGGCCAGGAGAACGAGGAAGGCGAUGAGACUCAGGGGGAUAACCAAGCAGCCGGGAUUGAGCAGCAUCGAAGUGAAGGAUCGCGUCCACGAGUUCAUGGCGGCGCAGAAGCUCCACCCGCAGCUCGGGAGGAUUCACGCAGAGAUCGAGAGGCUCAAGGCGCGAGUCAAGGAGGCGGGCUAUGUCGCUGACGUGAGGGCUGUUCUUCGGGACGUGGAGGAGGAGGAGAAGGAGCAGCUGCUUUGGUACCACAGUGAGAGGCUGGCGAUCGCGUUUGGGCUGAUCUCCACUCCGCCAGGAACGGCGCUCCACAUUGUCAAGAACCUCCGCGUGUGCUUUGAUUGCCAUGCAGCCGUCAAGGCCAUCUCCAAGGUUGUGGGGAGGAAGAUCGUUGUUCGUGAUGCUAUACGCUUCCACCACUUUGAGAAUGGUGCGUGUUCUUGUGGAGACUACUGGUAGAGCCCUUUGAAAUAAUCGACAGUCGUGGAAUAUUCUCAUGAAUGAAAAAUCGAACUAUAGUGACAAA